UCCCCUGCAGUUAAACUCGGACGUGGGUUUAUUUUUGCCCAGAUGCCAUCAGAUCACUCAGGCACGACAAGCGGUCGCUCCGUUGCUUGAAAGUCAAUCUCCGUGAAACAAAGCAGCAUCAUCCUCCUCGCUCCCGGCCGGGGCCGAUUGGCUACUAUCCCUCCCCAUCGGGCGGCAGCUGAUUGGACAGCUCCUCUCCUCCGCCGCCUGCCGCCUCCCUCCCUCUCCACGAGCGUACAGCGCGAGACGCCGAGCAGAGGAGGAAUCCGCGCGCUGUGGAGCGGACGGAGCCCGGCACGCAGGACAAGUUGAAACGACGGUACACGGAGAACAACACCGAGAUGGUAUGAAGAGACGGAGCCCAUAUUGCCUUGGACGAGCGCCAGCUGUGUCAGAUGCUGUCACAGAGAGCUCAAAGCAUUCGUGCGAGCUGUAAUGGGACACAGUAAGGCCGUGGACAUGAUAAGAAAUCUCUGCAGUACGCCUUUUCAAUCACAACACCAACACUACACAGUAGAGAAGUCCAUUAUCUAAAAUUAAUGUCAGCUGUGUUGCGGAGGCAGCCUCAAGCUGCGCCGCCAAAUCUAAGACAACCCAUGGAGGCGUGGCCUCAACGUUUCCAACGCUGCUGCCACUGGUAACAACAGCCAAGUGAACAGCGAUGCCUUCUAAGGUCUCCUGCUUAUAUUUGCUGACAGUGGUUUGCUGGGCCAGCGCUCUGUGGUACCUGAGUGUGUCCCGCCCCUCCACUUCCUACAUGGGCCAGCUGACUAUCCCUAUACGCAAAACACCAAAGGUGAACAAGAACGCCACCUUUAGUAACAUCCGCACGCGCUCACUCAACCCGCACGACUUCGGCUACCUCAUCAACGAGGCCAAGAAGUGCGAAGCAGAGCCCCCCUUCCUCGUCAUCCUGAUCAGCACCACCCACAAGGAAUUCGACGCCCGUCAGGCCAUCCGAGAGACAUGGGGUGACGAGAGCACGUUUCCGGACGUGCGUGUGGUCACGCUCUUCUUGUUGGGCCGCAGCACUGAUGCUGUCCUCAACCAGAUGGUGGAGCAGGAGAGUCAGAUCUUUCACGAUGUUGUAGUGGAGGAUUUUAUCGACUCUUACCACAACCUGACACUUAAGACGCUGAUGGGCAUGCGCUGGGUGGCCACAUUUUGCUCUAAGGCUCAAUAUGUCCUCAAGACAGACAGUGACAUCUUUGUCAACAUGGAGAACCUUAUCUAUAACCUUCUGAAGCCCACAACCAAGCCCAGAAGGAGGUACUUCACCGGCUACGUCAUCAAUGGUGGGCCAAUCAGAGACAUGCGCAGCAAGUGGUACAUGCCCAGGGAUCUGUACCCAGAGAGCAAGUACCCACCCUUCUGCUCCGGCACCGGCUACAUCUUCUCGGCAGACGUGGCCGAGCUCAUAUACAAGACCUCCUUACACACCAGGCUGCUGCACCUGGAGGACGUGUACGUCGGUGUGUGCCUCCGUAAGCUGGGCAUCCACCCCUUCCAGAACAGCGGCUUCAACCACUGGAAGAUGGCCUACAGCCUUUGCCGCUACCGCCGGGUGGUCACCGUCCACCAGAUCUCCCCCGAGGAGAUGCACCGCAUCUGGAACGACAUGACCAGCAAGAAACACCUUAAAUGUUAGGACUGUUAGCAGUAGCACCCGUGGGAGAGUCGGGAGGAAAUGAAUGUCCUCCUAUCACCUGCUUCUCCAUCAUCGGCAUUGGCAAAUACUGUUCAGCACGCAGCACUGAGCUGGAGGAAGAGUACUGACGAAGCAUCCAGGCCUUUGUCCAGGCACUUGUUUGCUUUGCCAGGAGUCUCUAUAGUGCAAGGCCAAAGCAAAGUCCUCUGUGUUCUAUGUCCUCCCUCACUUUCAAAGUGUUUAUAAGAGCGACUCAGCUCAGACUCACAAAGUAGGCACAAAUUUGGAAAUAUGUUUUCCAAAAAUGUGCAAAAUGUUCAGCUGGUUGGUUGUCAUUGCCAGCAGCGCUAUGAUUUUUAUAGGGAAAUACAAGACAGGAAGCUUACAGGCUUGUGUUAUACUACUCAUUUAUACAAGACACAAACUGUCCCCAAUUACUCAACUGCAGAUUAAAUAAAUGCCAACACUUCUUUGAACUCAGACAUUCGUCUCUUGGGUUGAUCAGAAGCACUAAUUAUGAAUGUUCCUCAUGUAUUUUCAGUUGUUGUACUUUCUGAACAAGGUGUUAAUGUUGGAUGUACUGUCAGGCACUGCAGCAGCUGUCGUCAUCGUGAGGACCAUGGUGAGUUUACAGUGUAAUGACUCAUUUAAAUAGGCUGAAACACAUGUAUUAUGUUGCUCUUACUCUAGGAAAACAGCGGAAUUAGGAGUAUUAAUGACCGGACCUGUUUGCCUCUGUAAUAUUCUUUUCAGAAUCAGACAUAUUUUCUUACAACAGAUCCACAGGUCAUUGUAUUGUACAAUGAAAAAAAUGUUGUCCGGACAGCGUGAAGAUAUCGGCUGCUUGCGUUCCCAAGUGAAUGUUACUUCUGUCAAUGUGUAAUGUGCAGUUAUUUGUCUCAGGCAGUGCUGUGAACAGGCUGCAGACUAUUAUAUUUUCUAUUACUUGAACAUGAAGGAGAACAGAUGUACUGUUAGAGCUGUGGGUACCAAGGACAAAUAUUACAAUUUUGAGUGCGUUCUUCUUUUCAAUUACUUGAGAUUAAAUAAACCGCUUUUAUAAGA